GUAGUGUAAAUGGUUAAACCCUCAAUCCAUGAGUCUACUAACUUGCUUUAAAAGCACGAGUGCUGAACAAUAAAAAGAAAAUUUAACGUUAAUUUCAUUCUAUAUUGUUUUAAAGAUAUUCUAACGUCGUAUUUUAAAUACACAACCCGAACGCAAUGGCUGCCAUAAGUCUGUUGAAUCCAAAAGCGGAAUUUGCCCGUGCCGCUCAAGCACUAGCUGUAAAUAUUUCAGCUGCUAGAGGUAUACAAGAUGUGAUGAAGACCAAUUUAGGACCAAAAGGAACAAUGAAGAUGUUGGUUUCUGGAGCUGGAGAUAUUAAAAUUACAAAAGAUGGAAAUGUACUCUUACAUGAAAUGCAAAUUCAACAUCCAACAGCUAGUCUUAUUGCUAGAGCUUCUACUGCAAUGGAUGAUGCUACUGGUGAUGGUACUACAUCUACUGUUCUCAUUAUUGGUGAACUUUUAAAGCAGGCAGAAAACUAUAUUUCAGAAGGUGUACAUCCUAGGGUGUUAACCGAAGGUAUGAUUAAAGCCAGAGAUAAAGCAUUAGAACUUUUAGAAAAAAUUAAAGUUGAAGGAAAACCUGAUCGUCAACGGCUGUAUGAUAUGGCUACUACAUCUCUUCGAACUAAAGUUGAUAGAAAAUUAGCUGAUCAAAUGGCAGAUAUAUGCGUUGAUGCUGUGUUAAGUAUCCAACGUGAAGAUGGCAUUGAUUUACAUAUGGUUGAAUUAAUGGAAAUGCAACAUAAAACAUCUACUGAAACUACUCUUGUUAAGGGUCUUGUUCUUGAUCACGGGUCGAGACAUCCAGAUAUGCCAAGAAAAGUUGAAAAUGCCUACAUAUUAACUUGUAAUGUCAGUAUGGAAUAUGAAAAAAGCGAAGUGAAUUCUGGAUUCUUUUAUAAGACAGCGGAAGAAAGAGAAAAGUUAGCUUUAGCUGAACGUGAUUUCAUUGAACAGAGGGUGAAAAAAGUUAUUGAAUUGAAAAGAAAAGUUUGCCCACCUGGAUCUGGAAAAUCAUUUGUUGUUAUAAAUCAAAAGGGUAUUGAUCCAUUUUCCCUGGAUAUGUUGGCUAAAGAAGGUAUAAUUGGUUUGAGACGUGCUAAAAGACGUAAUAUGGAACGUCUCUCUUUAGCAUGUGGUGGAUCUGCAGUCAAUAGCGUUGAUGACAUGACUGAAGAUGUGCUCGGUUAUGCUGGCUCUGUCUAUGAAUAUGUUUUAGGUGAAAAUAAGUAUACAUUUGUAGAGGAUUGUAAGAAUCCACUUAGUGUUACUAUAUUAAUAAAAGGACCUAAUAAAUACACACUAACUCAGAUAAAAGAUGCUAUUCAUGAUGGUUUAAGGGCAAUUAAAAACUCUAUUGAUGAUGGUGCUGUAGUGCCAGGUGCUGGUGCUUUUGAAAUAUUUGCUUGGCAAGAACUUCAAAAAUUUAAAGAUGAAAUUAAGGGUAAAAGCCGUUUGGGAAUUCAGGCAUUUGCAGAAGCUUUAUUGAUUAUUCCUAAAACAAUAUCGAUUAAUAGCGGGUUCGAUGCUCAAGAUAUGAUAGUUAAGUUACAAGAAGAGUGCAGAGAAAGCAUUGGUCCAGUAGGCGUGAAUGUUGACAGUGGUGAAGUUCUUCAACCUGUGGAUGCUGGAAUAUUUGAUAAUUAUUGUGUUAAAAAACAAAUUUUAAACUCUUGCACUAUUAUUGCUAGCAAUCUCUUGCUAGUAGAUGAAAUUAUGAGAGCUGGUAUGUCAUCGCUGAAAGGAUAGUUAUGCUUAGUUGUUUUUUUUUCCACUAUGCUUAAACGUACUAUAAACUAACCUAAUUUUUUAUCACUUAAAAGUUUCUAACAAAAUUUGUAUUUGAAUUAAAAUAUAAAUCUAAUACAUUUUCUAAAACA